AGAACAGCUGGGGGGAGGUUACAGGAACGCGACCUCUUCUAGAACCGGGCCCAGCCCGCAGUACGGGGGGGCUGCACCCCUACAGCACACGUCCCCGCCCUGCCCCCGCCGGAAGUUGUCACCCGCACGGCAUGUCCUCUGUGUGGAGACGUUUGGCUGCCCUCCCCUCCCGGGCCGCCGUGCACAGUGGAUGCCGCUCAGCUGGCGUUCAUAGGGUAUCGGAAAGAAAUGCCGAUGUCAGCGUUCCCUCUGGAGCAAGAAGAAAUUGCGGUGUAUGGCGGCAGUACAGUACCUCACAUACUGUGGAUCCCAUGGAGAUGAAGAAAUUCCAAGCAUGGUCAGCGAAAUGGUGGGAUGAAGAAGGAGUAUAUUGUGCACUCCAUGCCAUGAACGAUAUACGUGUGCCAUUUCUAAGAGACAUUCUAAUGAGCAAGAACCAUAAUCAUGAUGUUGGGAGCCCUCUGUCUGGCAUCAAACUUCUCGAUGUUGGUUGUGGUGGAGGACUGUUGUCUGAGCCUCUGGGCAGACUUGGUGCCGCUGUCACUGGUAUAGAUCCUUUAGAAGAUAACAUUAGAACUGCAGAACUGCAUAAGUCAUUCGAUCCUGUUCUAGACAAGUGUGUCCAGUACAGAAACUGUUCCCUAGAAGAUAUUGUGGAGCACAGCAUGGACAGCUUUGAUGCAGUUGUGGCCUCAGAAGUUGUAGAACAUGUGAACGACGUAGAGGCUUUUAUCCAAAGCUGCUUUCAAGUACUAAAGCCAGGUGGUUCACUUUUUAUCACUACGAUCAACAAAACAAAGCUCUCCUACGUUCUUGGAAUACUGCUGGCUGAGAAGGUGAUGUCUCUUGUACCAGAAGGCACUCAUGACUGGGACAAGUUCAUCUCGCCCGUAGAGUUGGAGAGACUACUUGAAUCCAAUGGAUUUGUGGUGGAUAUGCUGAGAGGCAUGCUGUACAACCCACUAAUGGGUUCUUGGCGGUGGUUUGAUGACACAAGCAUUAACUAUGCUAUUCACGCAGUGAAGAUGGUCGCACAAGAGCAGUCCGCAGACAUGGAGUUUGAGAAGGAACAAGACCACCCCAAGGCAGCAGGAGUCUCCGUGUAACUAGGGCGUAGUCAGUGACUUCUGUCACAAAAGCAAAUGGACAGUAUAUUCGUGUUUCCCUAUAAGGCUUGUGAUGUUACUAUCCUGAUCAUGAAAAGGAUACAAUCCCGAAUACCUUGAC